AUGAGAAGAUCGAAGAACCGAAAAGGAAUCCUUCGAGCACUAUGGUCCAACCCAUCCCUAAACGAGAAUCUCUUACAACAGAGGCUUAGUGUCAAAGCCAGUAACUCCUUGGAAGCAAUCUCACCUGUGAAGGGGAGGAGAUCUGGAAAAGGCAUGAGGGAACAGAAAGACCAAAAACCUCGUAGGCCCCUACUUCAACUCCAUGAAGCCCGAAGACUUGGUGCAAUAGCCUCUGGUCCUGUUAAUGCAUGGGCAGAAGAAACUGAGAGCCUCUCUGUGCUGGAGCAGAAAGUAAGAGCCCUCAAGGAAAAGAGGAUGUUGGCUAAGAAACAGGCUCUACGUGUGAGUGCCGUCUUGGAAGAGCCACCCUCCCUGAAGAAGGGCAAGAGCUGGGGGCAGAGGAAGCCAAAUACAGCCAUCACACUGGUGUCUGAGGGUUCAUCAUCUCAGGACAGCAUAGUAAUCCCUAAAGAGCAGGUGGAGGCUUACCUGGCAGACAGGUUGUGGGACAGCAGUGACGACCUGGAGAUGGGCCCUAUGCCUACCCCCCUUGUAGGUCACAACAGCACCUAUUCUCCAAGUCAGUUUAGGUUCAGGAAGGAAAAACAGAGGUUACCAGAAAGGAGGCUUUCUGACUCGGCUCUAUCCCCAGAGACCAAUUAUUUCCAGGAAAACUCAACUCACAACAGACCAAGGUGUCGCAGGGAUUUGACCCAAACGCCUUCCUUGGAGACUGGGAAAUUGGGAGCCCGUGCAAAACGCCAAGUCCCAGCAGGAGCCCUGAAUGAGCUAUCUCUAGCCUUAGAGCAAGAAGAACCCCUGCCCUGGACCACCCUGCAGGGACAGCUGUGGAGAGCUGGCAGCUGGGAUAGUUUGAGGAGUAGCAGCAACUCCUGGUCCUUGACUGACCGAGUGGAGAAGAACCGCCUUCUUCUGCAGGAGAAGAAGAGCUUAUCUGAAUACAGCAGCAGCUCACACAACACCAUAGCCCAGGAUGGAACCACCCCAAGGCUGCCCGGGGGAGACCCAGACUGGGACUCAGGAGUAUCUCUGCAGGACUCUGAUCUGUGCAGGGCCUUGGUUUCCAGCCAACAGCUGUCACUGAGCCCCAGGCAUGAACAUGCCAACCAUCUUCUGCAGCAGGCUCGCAUGAAGGCCAAGACUAGUCCUCUCCGGGCCAACCAUGACAUCGUUCCCACCAUGGCCCAUCGGCUCCCUGCCAGGGAUGCUAAUUUAAGUGGUACAAUCCAGACCCCCAGAGUAACCCUUGCCUGCAGAGAGGGGGAUGUCCCCUACAGUGGGAGCCUGAGUGAUUCUUCUAGUGGAGAUUCCAUCAAUGACCAGAGGAGGAAACGGGGCCUCUCCCCAUCCCGAGUUCGAUUUGAAGAUGAGUCUGCCCAAGAUGCUGAGGUUCGAUAUCGGGAGAGAUUGCAACAGCCCCAGAAGAGGGCUUUGGACUCCGUGCUACGAUCCUUUGAUCAGGGACUCCUGGUCUCCAAACCUGAGCUCUCCAACUACAUCAAUGGUGACUUCUGCCCCCGAGACACUCAGCGGGAGGAGGCCUGCUGGACUCCACCAAACAAAGGAGGUAGAGGAGGGCUGGCAGGGAAGAGGAACCUUCUUGGAAAAGUUCCAGAACUUAACACUGAGGGGACGUGUCAUUCCUGUGGCUCCUACCUUCAGGGGGUGCCUCGAGAUACUGUGGAGAGGAAGGUGUCCCCACGUAGGAACCGUGGCCAGGAGAAGGAAGAUACUCGUGGUAUGGAAGGUCAAGGUAUUCCUCACACAGAGUCUCCUGCCUCCCAAAGUCUGGCCUCCCCAGUUUGGAUCCUCCCAUCUCGACAGCGGCUGAACAUAGAGCACAUUCGAGAAACAUACAUUGGAGAAAUCACCUACCCUGUUGAGGCAGAGUCUGCCUUAGAUAGUACCGACACCUCGGAGAGCUACAGAACAGAUAGCGAAGAAGUUAGUAUCCCUCACCAUAGGAACCGAAGCAGAGCUCAAGUUAGUGGCUCCCCAAGGGGCCGGAAGGCUGGAGGAAUACAGAAACGAGUUCGGGAACUUGAAAUGGAGAAGAAAGCUGAGAGCACCCAGCCCUGGCAUAACCAAAUAGAGGUAGACUAUAGAUUAGAAGAACCUAAAAGAAUUGCCCCUGAGGGAUCCUUAUUUCUCAAAGAAGACCAUGGUCCUAUGCUAGCCAUCACUGAGGCUCAGAGUAUUUCUAAAGAAGACGAGAGACCAGAUAUGCCCCAUCUACUAGCGAUUGCCAGACAGAUCUGUAAAUUGACUCACCCAGAAGACACCCAAGCUCCAUAUGGGCCGCUUAAUGUCAUGGCCCCUUCCCAGAAGCUGGCACUGACCGGACCAGGAGGAGAAGCCCAGAUUUCAGGGAACCAAGAGCUCCUCAAAAGUACCUUUCCCCUCCCUCCCAAUUUUGUAAACCCAAGGAGAUCUAGUCAUAGCUCCCCCCAGCUAGCCAAGAAGUCACCUGAAUGUUUCACACUAGGGACUUGGGUUCCUACUCCCCCAACUGUGAAGAAAGCAUCCUCACCUGGGCCUUUUAGGAAGACUAUGUUGGCCCGGAGCCUUGGGCCAGACAACCAAAGGGACUCAACAAACUCUCGACAGGUUUUCCCAAGGGAGAAUGAUAUGGGAUUGGGAGGGAGAACUCGAGGAGAAAACCAGAACAGCCCCUCCAGGAUUAAGCACCAGUUAAUGGUGUCGUCCAAAGGCGACUUCAGCAGUAUUGAUCAUCGGGAGCAAUUGCAAUUGGACAUCCAGAGAAAAGAGGCAAGGGAAAAUCAGAGAGAGAAGGGGCCAGGAAAUCUAAAGCCAAAGCCAUCCCCUGAGAAAAGCAAAGAUGGUGGAUGCUGGGAUAUUCCUGAGUUAGCAGUGACCAGCAACCUUGGCUCCACAGGCAUCGAGGUUUUGUUGACAACAGAGCAACCUCAACCUAGCAUGGACACAGAGGACAAGGUCCAGAGGGCAAAACCAAGCUCGGAAAAAAAUGUCUUGAAAGGAGAAUCACUACAGGACCCUCCAGGACCCUGCAUCACCUCAGUCAUUCCAGCUAGCGAGAACAAGAAAGGGAGCAACACGUCUUCUGGGUUUGGGCUGAAGAAAUUCUUCUCUUUCUUGGGCCAAACCACCCGACAGAAACUGGGCAAGUUUCGCUGUUACAGUAUGGAGCAGAUCGCUCAAACGACUCCUGAGCAGCCCCAGCAGAGUUUAAUACACCAAAUCCUUAAUUCCAAGUUGAAGAAAGCACCUUCUCUGCAGGCUUUGCAAUUGGUGCCACCCUCUCACCAGCAUAGAAAAGCUGACUUGGGUCAAAAUCUCCAUUCUCUACUAAACAAGGCGGAUCGCUCCCGACAGUACCUGUUAGGAGACGAAAGGAAGGACAGAGCAUCUGGCGGGCAACCAGGCAGCCCUACCAGGCACUCCCUCAGUGUAGAUGAUAUCAGUGUCCCCAACCUAGUCCGGACAGUGGGUCGGGUAGUACAGGUAUUUCCUGAUGGCACCAGCCAGUUGGAGCUACAGCGUCCCCCGAAUGGUACCUUUGGCUUCUGUGUGUCUACAGGGAAUGGCCGACCUGAUUCAGGAUUCUAUGUUCAGGAAAUUCCACAUGCCAACACGGCCAAGCUGUAUGCGGGGCUGCUGGGAGAAGGGGAUGAGAUCCUGGAGGUGAACGGAGCUAAGGUCACAGGGUUGGGCUUGUCCCUUGUCAACGAGUUUCUGGCCCACUCAGAGAAUCUGUCCAUUCGUGUACUGAAGCAGAGAAGUCCCCAGCGGUAACCCAGGCUGCUGGACUGCCUGUCUCCAUUACAGAUGUCCUGAAGCUCCCAAGGACUCACUGAGAAGGAGGAAAAAAGCCCCUCUCUUGGCCUGGCUCUGAUGUGUAGCUGCCUUUUGGGGCUCCAUAAAACA